AAAUAGCUUGGUUGCCUGGCCAAAACUAAGCUCGCCAUCUUUGUUUUAGGUAUGGUUUAGUGAUGUUUUAGUGAGUAACGAGCCUUAUAAUAAUGACCAGACACGCUAAAAACUGUACAGCAGGAACGGUUUACACUUAUCACGAGCGAAAAAAGGACACCAAAAAGUCUGGGUAUGGCAGUAAAUCUGUACGUCUUGGUAGAGAUUCUGUAAAGAACUUCGAUUGCUGUUGUCUGACGCUACAACCUUGUCGUGAACCGGUUGUGACACCAGACGGUUUCUUGUACGACAGAGAAGCAAUCUUAGAGUGUUUGUUGCAUCAGAAAACCGAAGCUGCCAGGAAAAUGAAAGCUUUUGAAAAGCAGAAGAAGAAGCAAGAUGCUGAAGAAGCUGGAAAGGUGGAGGAAAAAGAGAGAUCCAAAGUCGAAUCGUUUGUCAAUAUGGAGAAGCGCCUCACCACAAAACCAACGAGUGCAUUCACUGCAACAAAAGAUCGAAGUAUCAAUGGAUCGUCCGAUUUUAAUGAUGAACAACAACCAUCUACCUCUAGUGGUGGCUCCAGUGGCAAUGAUAAAAAUCUUCAAAGUUUUUGGGUUCCAUCUUUAACACCAGAAGCAAAACCCACACUUCUGAAGAAACCAGAUUCAAAAACCUAUUGUCCAAUGAGUGGUAAACCUCUCAGAAUCAAAGAUCUGAUUGCAGUCAAACUAACACCAAUAGAUGAUGGCGAUGACCGACCAAUGGUAGCAAAGUCUGAAAGGUAUAAGUGUGCAGUUACCCACGAUGCACUUGGUAAUUCUGUUCCCUGUGCAGUUCUGAAGAACACAGGAAAUGUGGUGACAAUGGACUGCAUUGAGAAGCUAAUUAAGAAAGACAUGCUGUGCCCAUUUACUGGCUCGAAAUUGAAAGAAAGUGACAUCAUUCCACUGCAGCGUGGAGGAACAGGGUUUGCUGGUGCUGGUACACAAUUGGAGGCAAAAAGAGCAGGGCCAGUUCUUCAGGCCUGAAACAAAACUAAGUAUUGACUCUCUCUGGCUCUUUGAAGGAGAAUAACUCUAUAUAUUAUAGUUGUAGGGUCAGACACUCAACUAGAGACAGAGAAAGUAGGCCCAGUCUACAAGACCUGCUGGGUCAUCUGACAGAUCUAAAACAAAACCAAGUAUUGCUUGUUCUCUAAAGGAGACUCACUUUCUAAUUAUGGUGUUUUCUAAAUUCUCUCUCUUUUUUGUAAUUUUAUCUUUGUUUUCCUUUGUCUCAGAUCUGGGACAAAGAAAAUCAAACUGAUACUGGCUUUUAAACUUUAGACUGCAAUGUGCUCAGGUUCUUUACCGUCGAUACACAAGGUACAUGUAUGAACCUUAUCACUUGAGACCCGAUUUUUUUUCCCGCUCUUAAGAGAUUUGUGCAGUUAAACUGAUUGAAGUUGAAA